AUGCCACACAGUCUCGAAAUCUGCAGUGUCUUGCUCAUUAUGAGCAACAUCGAUGAAAAUAUGGACGGUGCUGAUGAGAUAGAUGAGGGUGGUCAGGUUCUACAUUUCGAAGGCGACUUUUUUGGUCACUAUACCGAAGAAGACUUUGAAUGGCCAGACGACCAUGGAGUAGUAGAAGGAGACAAGGAUGCAGAUGAGUCAUCGGAUGAGGAGGUGGUAUUUGAUGGCGAAAUAGGGUGGGAGCCAGCAGUUCUUAAUGCACCUGAUGUUGGACUCGUGAAACACAUGAUUGCUUGGAUCAAAUCGGCUUUUGGAGAAGCAGAGAUUGAUGCCCGUUGCCGUCGACUCCCUCCAAACCAUAAUAUUCGCAUCUUCAACAAGGGCAUCUCUAGUCUCGCAAGAGUCAGUGGUGCUGAGCACAAUCAGAUUUGCCGCUUUCUUCUGGGUGUUAUUAUCGACAUUCCCCUUCCCAACAACAUUUCAAGCGCUAAGCUUGUUCGAACUCUUCACGGACUCCUCGACUUCCUGUACUUAGCACAGUAUCCAUGUCACUCAGCGGAGACACUGCAACUCCUCGAUGAAGCUUUGACCCGUUUUCAUGACAACAAAGACAUAUUUGUCACACUUGGCAUCCGAACGCAGUUUAAUCUUCCAAAGCUUCACUCCUACCGGCACUACCUCCAUAUGAUUCAAGAGUAUGGCACGACUGACAACUAUAAUACAGAAUAUAUCGAACGACUUCAUAUCGACCUCGCCAAGGAUGCAUAUCGUGCAACAAACCACAAGGACGAGUACAGUCAAAUGACUCUGUGGCUUGAACGGCAGGAGAAGAUUCUACGGCACGCCAGUUAUGUUCAUUGGCGCCUCGCUGGUGAUCCAUUGCCGCAAUCACAUCUACCGCCAGAUAUGCAGUAUGCCAGGGAAUACAAGAUGACGAAACAUCCAUCUGUCAAGGCCGCUACCAUCGACUCCCUUAGAGACGACUAUGGUGCCUCUUUUUUCGAGCUGCCCUUGCUCGUUAUAUUGUGCUUCACACUCGCCCAGACGCAACAACUCGAGCUCAGGUGGAACAUGCCGCUGGACAUGUACAAUGCGGUCGACUCCGCUGGCCAUAAAGAUGAAAGUGUUACCAUUGAUUCAGUUCACUGUCAGCCUGCACGAAGAGAUAAGCGAGGGAAUACCGUGCCAGGACGUUUCGAUACAGUUCUUGUCAACUGUGGCAAUGGGGGAGAGAAGAGUGUGGAAGGUUACCGUGUAGCCCAAGUGCGGGUUAUAUUUUCGAUACCCGAGAAACAUCACGCUAGCCUUUUUCCCUCCCAUAUCUUGAUCCCUAAACAUUUGGCCUACGUCGAGUGGUUUUCGCCAUUCACCGGGACAAGCGAGAGAAAUCAUGGUAUGCACAAGGUCUCGCGAUCAUACGAAAAUGGGGAACAGCUAUCCUGUGGCCUAGUGGUUAACAAUGAUGCACCUUUCAUUACUGGAGGUCUUGUGUUCGCAUGUUCAAUCCUUGCCAAUGGCAAACUAUGCUGCGCGAAAUGCCUUCAUGUAGCGUUGGACACCCAGGCUCAAUAUGUGAUGUGGUAUCAUAUUCUUUUGCUAGAUACAUGUACCCUAUCAAAUUCAAUGGUUAUGUCGUCAAUAAUCAGUGGCCGCACCAUCGAAAUGGCUCUCUCUAUUGAUUUUCAACGUUUUCUCCUACUUAAAUUCAUGGGCUUUCCUUUCCACAGUGGCAAGAGUCUGCACGGAUUACUUAAAGCCCGUGAUCCUGUCCAAGUACCAGACCUGAAGACUGUGAACUUGCCAUGA